UCUAAACAAAGAUCAUUCACACAACACGGAGUGAACACUUUUUCAGUCUUGUCUUCAGAUUUUGUUCUCCGAGUGCUUCUUCUCCUUCGAUUGAUACUCGACUGAGCAUUCUCAUCAGACAAAAACAAAAGCAUGGCCCCCUCAAACGUCCAAUUGCGUCCAGCCAAACUGCUCUCUUCCCGGGCGUAUCGCGUGCCCGGACAACUUCUCAUCACCGAAUACUUUUUCAACGUGCCGCUCGACCACGCCGACCCCGACGGCGAACAGAUCCGGCUGUUUUGUCGUGGUGGUGAACGGUGGCAAAGCGCCGUGGUCCCUCCCAAGGAGAAAGAGUACCUCCCUUGGUUCGUCUACAUCACCGGAGGUCCUGGAUUUCCCGGUCGCCCUCCACAGGAUCAACCGGGGCUCACCAAUGAAGUUUUGGACAGGGGUUACAAAUUCCUCUCGUUCGACCACCGAGGCAUGGGUCUUUCGACCCCCGUCACGGCCGACACCCUUAAGCUCAAGGGGGACUCCAAAGCUCAAGCCCGAUACCUCAAGUUUUUCCGUGCAGACAACGCCGUCAGGGAUCUCGAGGCCAUCCGUAAGUGCUUGACGGACGACUACCCCGACGACGACCGCAAAAGAUGGACCAUCAUGGGCCAGAGCUACGGCGGCUACGUUUGCUUCACAUACCUGAGCUUCUACCCUGAAGGGCUGCGCGAGGCUUUCCCGCUGGGAGGCACACCUCCCGUCACGGCGCACUCACCCGACGAACCAGUGCGACGACUGUUCCGCAAGGUUCGUGAGAGGAACGACGCGUUCUUCGCCAAGUAUCCCGAAGACAAGGUCAACGUCAAGAACGUGGCUCGACACAUAGCACAAACAAAACCCAUGUUGCCCUCGGGCGUCGCGCUGACCCCCGCCCGCUUUCUCGAACUGGGCAUCUACCUGGGUUUCCACGGUGGGUUCGACAUGAUACACGCCGCGGUACUGCGAGCCGUCAACGACCUUGAACUCUUUGGGUUCCUCACGCGGCCAACGCUCACUCAAUUCGAAAACUGGCCUUCGUUCGACAACCACCCCAUCUACGCCCUACUACACGGGGCCCUGUACGCACAGGGUCAGGCACCGGAUUGGGCAUUUGACCGCGUCCGAGGCGAGGAGGAGUUUGGCAGCAUGUUCAAGUAUUCAGAGAACACUCAAAACCAACAAGUUUACCUUACCGGGGAAAUGGUCUUUCGAUCCGUCUUUUCCGACAACGCAGACCUGAGGAGGGUGGCCGAGACCGCCGAGUUGUUGGAAUCGGACAGUGACUGGCCGGCACUGUACGACCUGGACCGGCUACGACGAAACACCGUCCCGGUCUACGCCGCCGUCUUCGCCGACGACAUGUACGUCGACCUGAACUUUUCCCUCGAGACGGCCGGCCUGGUCGACAAUUACCACAUGCACCUCACCAACGUCAUGUUCCACGACGCCAUCCGGGCCAAGACCGCGGACGUCUUGAAGGCCGUUUUUUCGCUGAGGGAUGACACUCUAGUCUGAGGAUGAUGAUGACACGACACGACGUGUGCUCGUGAUGAAAUUGAUAUGACUUGUGGUGAUUGUGGUCAAAGUCGGUUGAAGUGAAAAAAACAAGCAUUCAUACGGAUACUGAUAGGCCACAGUGCAUGAGGUUCAGAUCAUGCUGAGAACAGAGAGAGAGAGAGAGAGAGAGAGAGAGAGAGAGAGAG